CCCUACCAACCACCACCACCAUCUUCUUCUUCUUCUUCUUGGUCUUGGCAGGAAGAGAGAGGGAGAGAGAGAGAGACCGCGAGGUGUAGCUAGCUAGAGUUGCAUCAUAUAUCAGUGGUGGUGGCUGGCUGGCUACUGGGUGAGCUCUAGGCUUUUGCCACCGACCGCUCCGGUCGAAUCCGGUGCUAGGAAGCUACUGCCUGGAUCCUCCUCUUUAUAAGCUGCGGCUGCACUGCCCCGGCCGGCCGCCAUUGGAGAGAGAGGCGAGCUUAGUUGGCUUUCCUUGAUGCUCUUGUUCUUGCUGCUCCGGCCGACCGAGUGAGGGAGAGGAGGAAGAAGAAGAAGGAGGAGGCACAUGCUUAUUCCGUUCGUCCUCGAGUUCCUGAUCGAUGUCGCCUGUGAUCAGUGAGAUCCUCCUCUCGGGGUUUAUGAUCAACUCCACACUCCGGCGCCGCACCCAUCUCGUCCAGUCCUUCUCCGUCGUCUUCCUCUACUGGUUCUAUGUCUUCUCAUAAGCCACUCGCCCUCCUCCUCCUCCUCUCUCUCUAGCCUCCUGCGUUCUCAGACUUCUCUCUCUAGUAGUCUCGUCGUCGUCGUCGUCGUCGCCGUCGUCUUCCUCUGUGCUCGUCAUCGUCUUGGUGUGUUCUUCUAGCUGCUGCGUUUUGGUUACAGCGUCGUAUAUAUAUGCACUUCUUCCUCACUGCUGCUAGCUUGUGGCAAUCUAGCGAAGAAUUAAUCUUAGUGUCGUGUUCUUCCGAACGGAGAGGAAAUCAAGGCGAAAGAAGAGCCUUUCUUGCAGCUUGAUCGCUGUACGCGUGUGCUUGUGCUGUUGCAACAAGAAGAAGAAGAAGAGAGAGAGUUGGUUCUUGAUGGCUUCUUCCAGUGGGAGCGGGAGCGCGGUGUCGGCGGCGACGGCGGCGGGGGGCUCGUCGUCGGCGGCGGAGGAGGAGCUGAGGGCCCUCAUGGAGCAGCGCCGCGCCAAGCGGAUGCUGUCGAACCGCGAGUCGGCGCGCCGGUCGCGGAUGCGGAAGCAGCGCCACCUCGACGACCUCACCGCGCAGGUCGCCCACCUCCGCCGCGAGAACGCCCACGUCGCCACCGCGCUGGGCCUCACCACCCAGGGCCUCCUCGCCGUCGACGCCGAGAACGCCGUCCUCCGCACCCAGGCCGCCGAGCUCGCCGCCCGCCUCCACUCCCUCAACGACAUCCUCUCCUGCAUCAACAGCAACGGCGCCGCCGCCGCCGCCGCCACCGACCCGCUCCUCGGCUUCGACUCCGCCGCCUUCGACGACCUCUUCAGAUCCUCCCCCGAGAUGUUCCAGCUUUGCUAGCUUAACACUCUGAAGCUGCCAUGGCAGAGAGAAGAAAAAAAAAAUCAUCUUUUUUUUCUCUGAUGCUUUUGGUGUUUCAGGUUUACUACUUGUGAUGGGGGAGUGUGAAAAUUUACUGUACUUGCCACUGUGGGUAAGCAACUAAGCACUGCACCUAACUAAGCUAGCUGCUAGAGCUAAUGGCCUAAUUAUCUUGUGUAAUUUGGUAAAUCAAGUGAUGGUUUAAGCUAAGCCUGCAUCAUCAUGUACUCCAGCUAUGUAAGGGAUUUGAGGCAGUAAGCUUUCUGUUUCUCUUGUCAAAAAAAUUAAGGAAGUGCAAUAUAUAAUUACUACUAUCUCUCUCUAGUUUCUCA